AUGACAGAUCUAUACAACGUUGAAGCUGCAGAAAAGCAUGCGAAUGAGGCACUGCUUCUACCGAUAUCAGAGGCAGUGCCUAUAUAUGAGCAACUUCUGGCCACCUUCCCCACAGCGGCAAAAUACUGGAAGCAAUAUGUUGAGGCACACAUGGCUGUAAACAAUGAUGAUGCGACAAAACAAAUAUUUAGCCGGUGCCUAUUAAAUUGUCUGCAAAUUCCUCUUUGGCGCUGCUACAUCCGUUUUAUCCGAAAAGUCAAUGAGAAAAAAGCGAUAGAGGGUCAGGAAGAGACCAAAAAAGCUUUUGAUUUCAUGCUCAGCUAUGUUGGAGCAGACAUUGCAUCAGGACCUGUUUGGAUGGAGUACAUUACCUUUUUAAAGGCCAUGCCGGCUCAAACCACACAAGAAGAAUCACAACGGAUGACUGCUGUGCGGAAAGCAUACCAAAGGGCUAUUGUUACUCCUACCCAUCAUGUUGAACAACUUUGGAAGGAGUAUGAAAAUUUUGAAAAUUCUGUCAGCCGAGCUCUGGCUAAAGGAUUGUUGUCUGAAUAUCAACCGAAAUAUAACAGUGCAAGAGCCGUCUACAGGGAGCAGAAGAAAUAUGUUGAUGAAAUUGAUUGGAAUAUGCUUGCUGUGCCAACAUCUGGUUCUUCCAAGGAGGAAAUGCAAUGGAUGGCGUGGAAAAAGUUUUUAGCCUUCGAAAAGGGUAAUCCUCAAAGGAUAGACAGUGCAUCUGCUAAUAAACGAAUUGCAUUCACAUAUGAGCAGUGCCUCAUGUAUUUAUAUCAUUAUCCUGAUAUAUGGUAUGACUACGCUACAUGGCAUGCAAAAAGUGGUUCAAUGGACUCUGCAAUCAAAGUAUUUCAUCGAGCUUUGAAGGCUCUUCCUGAUUCAGAAAUGCUAAGAUAUGCUUAUGCAGAGCUGGAGGAAUCUAGUGGAGCGAUUCAGGCAGCAAAGAAAGUAUAUGAAAACCUUCUGGGGGAUGGUGUCAAUGCAACAGCAUUAUCACAUAUACAAUAUAUUCGCUUUCUAAGGAGAACAGAAGGAGUUGAAGCAGCUCGUAAGUACUUUGUAGAUGCGCGCAAAUCUCCAAACUGCACUUAUCAUGUUUAUGUUGCUUAUGCCAUGAUGGCAUUUUGUCUUGACAAGGAUGCAAAGAUAGCACACAAUGUUUUUGAAGCAGGGUUGAAACGCUUUAUGCAUGAGCCUGGAUACAUACUUGAAUAUGCGGAUUUCUUGACUCGUUUAAAUGAUGAUAGAAAUAUCCGGGCUUUAUUUGAGCGAGCGUUGAGCUCACUUCCACCAGAGGAAUCUGUUGAGGUUUGGAAAAAAUUCACCCAAUUUGAGCAGACAUAUGGAGAUCUUGCCAGCAUGUUGAAGGUUGAACAACGAAGGAAAGAAGCUCUUUCUAGAGCAGGUGAUGAGGGAUCAGCCGCGUUAGAGAAUUCACUACAAGAUGUUGUGUCACGUUAUAGUUUUAUGGAUUUAUGGCCUUGCUCUUCUAGGGAUUUGGAUCAUUUGGCCCGGAAAGAGGUAUCUUCUGCUUUUCAAUCUGAAUGGUUUUAUAUACCUGAGUAUAUCUUUUCAUAG